AUGUUUCGGUCCAGGUCAAGCAUGUCGGAGACCAUUACGUUGAAAGCGAUAGUCUCACUAUCCACCACACUUUCUUCGAGGCUUCCGAUACUUUUGAAGAAAUUUGAUCUCUACGACUGGUCUUACGUUGAACAGGGCUUCGGCCCUGAAUGGGAGAAGUUGGUCCCCCAUGCGGUUGUUGGGUGUCUCCUCUUCGCUCCGGGCGAUCUCUACUCAGACUCGCAGCCAUAUGCCAAGAUCUGGGCUCACGACAUUCUGGUGAAAGAGGGCGCGAAGUACCCCAUAGUCGCAAGGGAUCUCGCCCUCAUCCCUCCCAAAUCCAGCAGCUGGUCCCUGAAGGAGCUUGCCUUCCUCACCGACCACGUCGGACCGGACCUCAAGGACAGUCAAGGGCUGACUCUCGUCCACGCCGCUAUCUUGGACCGCAGGCCGGACAUUGUGCAUCAGCUUCUCGAGCCGGGAGGCGCCAAACCGUGGCACCGAAUAUUCAGGAGACGGUUCUCCCUUUUUCAUUUCGCAGCCUCGGUGGGAUGCGAGUCGUGCUACGCGGAGUUGCGCUGCCACCCAGAGAUCCGGCCGGCGGAGGAGACGCGGGACCGGAACGGAAUGCUGCCCUUGCACGUCGCUGCCCUUCGCGGGCAAGUGAACGUGGUGGAAGCUAUUCUCAAGGCGCAUUUUGACGGAGCGGAGGAGAAUGAGGAGUACGUGAAUCGUGAGACGUCAGAAGCUGGGCAUACUGCUUUGUAUCUCGCGAUAGCGCGGGCCGAAGAUGAUGCUACAGCUAGAUUCUUGGCAAUGUACCCCGGCGUCGACUUCCUCGUGGAUCGUCAGGUACGGCAGACAGCGCUUCAUGUUGCGGCGUCUCGCAAACGACACGGUCUAUUGCGGUUUCUCCUUUCUCGAGCACCCGAGCAUCAGCUCAAUGUGCAGAACGAAGACGGUGAGACGGCAUUGCAUAUUAUUGCCCGGCAUGGUGACCGAGAAACAUUGAACGCUGUCUUGGACCUCCCCUCAAUUGAACUUGACGUGACGGCCAACGACGGAUCAACACCACUGGUUGAUGCUGUGACGAACGGGAACAUGGAGGCGAUGGAAGCCUUGAUCGGCUGCCCGGGUGUGGAUAUCACGGCGUUACGGCGGCCUUUGGAGCCCUUUGGGUUUUCUGCACUGGAGCAUAUUUUGCAAGAGGCAAACGGCAACGAUGGUUCUGGGGGGUACGUCGAUAUUCUGGAGUGCUUGCGAGUGCGUUGUCCCGAGCUAGAAGACGAUCUUUACGAGGCUUCAAUGGCUGAGAUGGAGACGGAUGACGGUGAUAUGGAGGUUGAGUAA